UCUAUUUCUCUAUCCUCUUUCUCCCUCCAUUUCCUCCUUUUCUGAUAGAAAUAGAAGUCUGGUGGGGUCAAAAGAAAUAAAGAAUUCCUCAGCCUUCCCAAAAUCUCUCUCUCUUUCUCAACUCCAAUUCCAUUCCGUUGCCCUAUAAAACCCUAACUCCCACUCGCCCAGUUUCUUUCUUUCCUUCUCUGAUUGUGAAACGCUCGGUUCGGUUCCGGUAUCCAACUUUUUUACUUAUAUAAACCCUAAAUCUUGUCCACCAAAACACAACCCUAACCCCCUCUUUCUGAGCAACUCUCGAGCUUUCUUCGAUCACUCACGGAAAUGGGAUCAGAGUUGAUCCUCCGUAACUCCUCUCAACCCGGCGAACAGAACACUGUAUCGACGCGCGAUGUUUCGAAAAUCCAACUGACCCUCCCUCGGAAGUCAUCCUCCAGGGACCGCCACACGAAGGUUAACGGCAGAGGCCGCAGGAUCCGUAUGCCAGCUCUCUGCGCUGCCCGCAUCUUUCAGCUUACCCGCGAACUUGGCCACCGAUCGGACGGGGAGACCAUAGAAUGGCUUCUCCGGCAGGCCGAGCCUUCUAUCAUUGCCGCUACAGGAACGGGAACCGUUCCGGCCCCUUCCGAGUCCACACCCACGGGUGUGAUGCCUCCAGCGUCGUCUCCGUCGACGUCUGCGCCUGUGUCUUCGUCUUCGACUUCGAUCUCCAGCGCCAUCAAGGCUCGGCCAGUUGCGGCGGUUCCCGAGAACCAUCGAGUCCCGACUGGGUUCUUGGCGGUUUCGUCAUUCGAAACGGCACCGCCGAUCUGUCGGCUUGAUUUGUGUCAGCCACCGGUUGGGUUGGAGUUUCCGAGUAAUGGGUAUCGGCACAUGCCGUUUACGGCUAUGUUGCUACAACCAACAUCGGAGGGAGAGGAGCAGCCACAUCCGCCGCCGCCGCCGCAGCAACAACAGGAAGAGGUUAAUAAGCACUGAAUCUUUUGGGUAGGAGGUCUUUCCUUCUUGUUCUUCUUCUGUUCUUUGUCUUUGAUUUGAAAAGAAUCUAUUAUGAGUGGUAGAAGAAGAGCUUUUGAGCCAGAAAGAUUGAUCAGAUGUAAUUUUGGUAGGCUACAUGUAAGAUACAUAGAAUCAUCAUCAUCAUCAUCAUCACCACGAUCAUAAUGUAACUAAAUUUCUACAUCUUUUUGCUUUUCUUUUUAGAAGACAAAUGAAUGUAGGGUUUUUCAUGGGUUUUCAUUUACUGUUUCUUCCCUUUCUUUUUCCGAGUUCACUGGUAAUGUCUUCUUUUUUUUUGGCUUUUGGGUAUUAUAUGAUUUGAAGUUACAGGAAAAAAGAGAAAGUUUCUCUC